UGCAUUCGUGGAAGAAAAGCAACUCUAGAAGAGCUGCAGACAGUUCACUCGGAAGCCCAUACGCUGCUGUACGGCACAAACCCUUUGAACAGACAGAAACUGGACAGCAAGAAACUUCUAGGUUCUCUAACGUCGAUGUUUGUCAGGCUUCCUUGCGGUGGUGUCGGGGUUGACAGUGACACAAUUUGGAACGAAGUCCACUCGUCCGGUGCCGCUCGGCUAGCCGUGGGCUGCGUCAUUGAGCUGGUUUUCAAAGUAGCCACCGGAGAGCUGAAGAAUGGAUUUGCUGUUGUUCGGCCACCGGGUCACCACGCAGAAGAGAGCACACCCAUGGGUUUCUGCUAUUUUAACUCCGUGGCAAUCGCAGCCAAGCUGCUCCAGCAAAGACUGAACGUUAGCAAAAUCCUGAUUGUGGACUGGGAUGUUCACCACGGGAAUGGUACUCAGCAAGCUUUUUACAACGAUCCGAACGUUCUUUAUAUUUCACUACAUCGCUAUGAUGAUGGGAACUUCUUUCCAGGCAGCGGUGCGCCUGACGAGGUUGGCACAGGCGCAGGAGUUGGUUUCAACGUCAACAUGGCCUUUACCGGCGGCCUCGAUCCACCGAUGGGAGACACAGAAUACUUAACUGCUUUCAGAACGGUAGUCAUGCCCAUUGCCAAUGAAUUUGCCCCAGAUGUUGUGCUGGUGUCAUCUGGUUUCGAUGCGGUGGAAGGCCAUCCCACACCUCUUGGAGGAUAUAAUCUCUCAGCAAAAUGCUUCGGGUACCUGACGAAGCAGCUGAUGGGCCUGGCCGGGGGUCGCAUCGUCCUGGCCCUCGAAGGAGGCCACGACCUGACUGCCAUUUGCGAUGCCUCGGAAGCCUGUGUUUCUGCUUUGCUGGGAAACGAGCUUGAGCCUCUUCCAGAAAAGGUUUUCCAGCAGAGAGCAAAUGCCAACGCGGUGCAUUCAAUGGAGAAAGUGAUCGAGAUACACAGCAAGUACUGGCAUUCACUCCAGCGUUACGCCUCCACGGUGGGGUACUCCUUGGUGGAGGCGCAGAAGUGCGAGAACGAGGAGGCUGAGACGGUAACAGCCAUGGCGUCUCUGUCCGUGGGCGUGAAGCCGGCUGAGAAGAGACCUGAUGAUGAACCCAUGGAAGAGGAACCUCCCCUGUAGCAUUCACCUUCGAGCUGGAGUUCUCCUGUUUGUUCGUCUUCGUCUUGAAGCUCUUGCCAAGAAGCUUUCUCUUGUUACUCCUGCGUCCUGUCAUGGUUUUUUCCAGAAUACAGAAGGACAGCCAGGUGUAAAACAAUGCAACCGAAAAAAAAUCUCUCCAUAUCUAUAUGCAUCUACAGUAUAUAUUUG